AUGCUGCCCGUGGAGCCGCGCUUGAAGCCUUUGUGUGCGACCUUCAUCCAUUACAUAGACAGCAAAGAAGGCAAAGACGCCUGCAAGGGCCGCAAGCUCAUCCGCUGCCACAGCUUCAGUGGCUAUGUUCCAUAUCACCUUGAGCAGGAGGAGGGAGACACUGCAGAGAACAUUCCGUCCAACUGCUCUGGCAGCGCCGCCCCGGAUACAGACAUCGGGGAAGAAGGCGACUCUGCAGCUAAGGCGUGGCCUGACACGGACGACGAGUGGGAAGGUUCGGAAACAUCGUUGAAGUCGGUCCCAACAGUGGCACUGGUGGAUAUGUAUGUCCCCCAAGUCGAGGAGAUGGUGCCUUGCCAGGAGAUGGCACAAGUGUGGACCUGGGAGAUGCCCAACUUGCCAGAAGAGAAGGUCAUUGAGGGCGUUUGCCGAGCAGUGACAGAGGCAGCUGCAGGAGCCCCCAGCGGGCGUCGUAACUGUUUCAAUUACAUCGGUGAGCCGCCGGACAUUAACAGCUACGUCUGGCAUUUGUACAGGAGCUGCUGCUGUGACACGAUGACCUUCGUCUGGGCCUUCGCUUACUUGUGCCGGAUCUCCGAGAGCAACCGCGGCAAGGUGGACGUGAGCACACAGACCAUCCACCGGCUCCUCCUGGCCGCGGUGACUGUCGCAGCGAAGCAGCAGCAGCUUUAUAUGUACGAUAACAGCUUCUAUGCGCAAGCCGGCAAUGUAAGCACAGCGGAUCUGAACAAGCUCGAGGCACGGUUUUUGGAGUUGCUCAAUUGGAAUCUCGACGUUUGCCCCAAGACUUUCAAGAGGAUUUUUCGCCUCCUUUGCAGAGCUGCCGAGUGA